UGUUCAAACGUGCGCUGGGAAUACACACAGGUAACAGAACGUAACAGAAUUUCAAACUUUUCUAAUUUGAGUAUACCAUACAAAAUGACGACGCCAGUGAUCAUUGUGCACGGCGGCGCGUGGACCAUUCCGAAAGAUAUCGUGGAAGAGUCUCGGGACGGCACGAAGAAGGCGGCCAAAGCCGGCUAUACUGUCCUGUCCAGCGGCGGUACCGCCAUUGACGCGGUACAGGCGGCUAUACGAGUACUUGAGGAUACACCUUGUUUUGAUGCCGGGACGGGAUCCGUGCUAACGGCUAAGAGGGAAGUUGAGAUGGACGCUGUGAUCAUGGAUGGACGAACGCUCAAAUCGGGGGCUGUCGCCUGCGUCCAGAACAUCAAAAACCCUAUCGAACUUGCCAGGAUGGUCAUGGAAAAGACCAGUCAUAGUAUGUUGGUAGGGCCAGGCGCAAACCUGUUUGCGGAGGAAAUGGGUAUCGAGCGCGUGCCGACGGAUUCCCUUGUGUCUGAGGAGGCCGUCCGCGAGCUAGAGUCAUUCCAGGACAACUACGGCGGCACCGUCACUAACCUAUUUAAACCGAGGGCAUCCGGUCACGAUACAACAGGUGCAGUGGCUUUGGACAAGAACGGUAACUUGGCGUACGGAACGUCAACGGGUGGCAUUUCCGGCAAAAAGCCGGGCCGCGUGGGUGAUAGCCCAAUUAUAGGUUUGGGCGGAUACGCGGACAACGAUGUGGGCGGCAUCUCAUGCACGGGACACGGGGAGUCCAUCUCCAAGGUCGUGCUGGCACACCAGAUCAUCACCGCCAUGAGGACAGGAACGGACGCACAGGAGGCCGCAGAUAAGGCUCUUGCCAACAUGGCGUCGCGGGUGGAAGGAUACGGGGGCGUUAUCGUGCUGAGCCGCUUGGGCGACGUUGCACUUUCCUAUACAACGGAUAACAUGUCGUGGGCUUGGGCCAAAGAAGGCACCAUUCACAGCGGCGUCAACCCGGGUGAAGACAUCCAGGAGCCCGUUGGUGGUGUAUAGUGAUGUUAUAUGCAUCUUUGAUUGGUUUGAAGUUGUUUAUUUUUGCUAGUUUAUAAUUAGAUUUAAACUAAAUAUAGAAAAACAUACCGAUGAUCGCUGUCGAAGAAGGGGACAUAUUUAGUCCGGACAUGGUGAUUUAACAGAAAAGCAUCUUACCCAAUGAAGCCAUCGUGGAACUGAAAUUGGACACAAUCGGUUUUCGAUUUUUAACUACGAGGUGAUCACCGUAGAUAGUAACAUAUCUUUGUUCCAAAAGAAAAAAAAAUAUAGCGUGUGUUUUGUUUUGUUUAUUGUUAAUUUAAACAUUUACAAAGUGCUGUGAUAAAUAUAGUUAUUACUUUGUGUAUCUGUACUUUGCAUGACUUAAAAUAUGCCAUUAGUAUUUGCUCGUGUAUUUUUAUAGCACACUAUCUUUUAAAAACCGUCCUGUAUUUUUCUAUAUUAAUCAUGUGUAGAAACACAAUCUCCGUAUGUUAAUGGACAAUUUAAUUGGAAACAAGAAUAGUUUAACUGGUAAUAUUCCGCCAAAUCAUGUUUUUCUUUCAUUUUGUUUCUUUGAUAAGAAUAAACUAAAUAAAGUACUUCCCAUUUAAAUCAUAACAAGAAAACGUGAUUUUUUCUCGAUUUUAUGAAACACAUUUUUAAAACAUUCAGUACUUUCUGAAUUUAAAUGAGAAAAUGACGCAAAACAUAUUGUAAAUUAUGACGGCAUCAAUGUGAUGUUACCAUUUAAAAGAAAGUGAAUUUCGUUAACAUCAUAGUGUUAAUGUUAUGAUUCUUACAUGAUAUUAUCUCAGUACUCAUUUUUUUUUUCUAAUAAACGGAAUUAAAACGAUCGGAUAUAUACUGUGUUUUAAAUGACUCCGGGUACUGUACUUCUGUAAGGCAUCUAUUGCGGGAAAUUACAUUGCUUUGUUAGUUUGUGGUCUUCGAUUCAUUAUCAAGGCAGUUAAAACAGGUAUUUUUUAUCAUUUUUUAACCUAAUAAAAUUUUGUGACAAAAAGAACUUCACACUCGUCAUCAUAUAAUACACUAUUUUAUUUAACUCGUCAAAGUCUCAAUUCCCAGCAAAUUUCGAGAACUCGUUGAACUUUAUGACGACUCGUGAUAUAUCUUAUAUAAAUUGAACGUCAUGAAAAUGCCAAAAAAGAAAAGAAAAGAAAUAAAUAACGUAAUAAUGGUUACAAGAACGCUUUUGUGCUGUUUGAAUUCAUUGUUUUGUGUAUGGGUUAUAUAAAGGAAUCGGUGGUUGCGUCCAAACUUCAACAACAUAAGUUUCCUUUAAGCACAUUAAGUGUAUGAUGAUGUCGUUAUAAUUUUUGGUUUCAAUUACAAACGGAAUGUUAUGCAAACAUAAAAAGCUUUCAAAGCGGUGUAAAUGUGUGUUUAAAUAGCAUUCAAAAGAGCUUUUGCAGAGUAAUUAUUGUCUUAAAUAAGUUAGGACUAUUUAUAACAAAAUUCAGUUGAAAUUAAUAUCUGCGGGUUGCCUUUUGGUGAGUUAAUGAUUAUAGGUAAAUUAAACCGAUGAUACAUUUGACGUUUUGCAUUGAUGUUAAUGCAUGUAUCAUUAAACGAAAUGAUUGUCGCCUCUAAAAUAUUUAUAUUUUAAUUGAAAAACUUUUAGAUUAGACUCUUUGAUUUAGUUAUUUCUACACUACCGUGUGCCAGAAUAAUGCAAAAAGUUGUGUGAAUGAGAGAGAGUGUGGGACUGUCAUAGUGUUGAAGGUUGAAUUUUGUACAUGUACUUGGUGUACACAGUAAUAAAAUAUACAGUCCAUUAAA